AUGGGCCGCCAAGCUAUUUUCCUCUCAGACGAGAAGCCUGAGGACGUUGAAGGUUACCCAGAUUACUCGAAGAAUGACGAUAAGCUGAGACCCUCUGCAAAGUACUUUUCCGUAGGAUCUGAGACCGAAGCAUCCGCGUCUCCAAUCAGAGUGUUUGUGAAAUGGGCUCUUAUAUGCACUCUCAUUGUUCUGGCAAUGACCUUUACCUUGGAGCUUUUUGAACCCCAAAGCAGCAAGAGUCCUGCAUUCCAGCAUAGCUAUUAUGGCGAAAUACCCAAGACUUGUCCGGGCACCAAACAUAGGAAGACCUUGAGCUUCGACUUCAACAAGCCGACCGAAUUGGCGUUCGCGCAGGAAUCUCACGAUCCCAAACGCCAUGGCCCUGACUUCGGUUUCGUACGUACAGUCGGCAAAGUAGAAGUCCUCAAACAGGAUUCACUCUCGAAUGUCAGAAUCGCUCUUGAUAUCAGGAGCUCCGAUCCUCAGCUUACGAGCUCCGAGUCGUUGAGCGUUGUAAAGUCAGGCUCGGCUCUGACGGUCAAGACCCCAAGGAGGACGCCGAGAGAGUCAUCGUCAGCCGGUGGAGCUGAAUUGCCAUGCAUCUACGUAGCUGCAACUGUAUCGAUACCUCCAGGGACGACUCUUGAGAAUCUUGGAAUCAAGACCGAGACCCUGUCAGUUACAUUUUUUCCCGGGCUAGACUACGCCAUCACAAAUCGUACCGAGAUCAAUGCACACUCCGCUUCCUUGUCACUUGCAACAGACGAACCUCCAUCUAUCGUUAUCAAUUCCCGAGAGACAAGGAUACAUCUGAACUCCGGCUCAGUCACUGGUUCAUACCCUCUCUAUGACACCUUGGACAUCUCGACCACAUCAGGCUCCAUCGAUAUUGACGUCGAACCCAAAGAUGCCGAGGAAGGCAAUGUUCAACCUGCUGUUCUUCGCCUCUCCUCCCAGAGUGGCUCCAUCCGCGCCUUGACAUCCACAGUUUCGGUACCCGCUCGAGACUACCAAAUGACAGUCAAAUCGCUCAGCGGUAGUAUCGACGCUACACUUCUGCACGGAUCACGAACCUCAUUGCGGUCAAACAACGGACGCAUCAACGCAGAUCUAUAUCCCUACGGCCACAAUGACUCCCGUACAGAUAUCAACACGCAUUCCCAAAGCGGCAGUACCGAUAUCACUGUCCACUCAUCCCUCUCCCAUCCAAUCGAUCCGAUUAGGAAGCUCUACUCUGAACAUCAUGGCUUGUCGGGCAGUUUGAAUCUAUGGUAUCCAGCACAGUGGCAAGGGACGGUUAAGGGCAGUACUUUGAGUGGGGGUAUCGAUCUAGAUUGGGAUGGACUAAAAGUGGUUAAGGAUGAGAAGAGGGGCUGGGUUAAGAGGACGAUCGAGGCUGUCAGAGGAGAAGGGGAGAGUCAAUUGAUUUUCUCUGGCAGAUCGGGGAGGGUGAACUUGGGUGGAGAUAGUGGCGGAGGUGUAUUUGCUGGGAGGAAGGUUUGA